UUAGUCACGAUAGUAUUUUAAUAUAUUUGACAAUUACUGCAGGCUAUAUAGUUUAGUUUCAAUUGAAACUGUUUUGUUUUGCAUAAAUAAAUAAAAAUUAAAUAAAUUUACACUAUGUCCGCAUUUAUUUUAAAUAUUUUUAAAAUAAAAAAAACUAUAUUUUUGUGCGAUGUGGCGCCAUCUCCAAACAUUCCAAACUCUAUGUUUAUAACCUUGUGAUUUGUGUUUGCGUCACUUGCGUCAGGCCGGUCAAACUCUAAGUCCGUAAAAAUUUGUUUGUAUCGAAAAAUACUUCAUAUUGACCUAAAUAUACCAUCGAGCAGCACGGAAUUUGAGACGCAAUAGAUGUGCAAUGCUUGCUAAUAGCACCACUAAGGGCACCGUUCUUGUCAGUAGAUUAGGCAAAUUUCUUGGGGCCACAACACGUUCAAUGUCCAACUACUUAAACCGCAAAGUUGAAGACAAUGUAGAGGAGCAACAAUUUGAAUUGCCUCUUGAUAAUGAUGAUGUGGCUUUUAUUCAGUAUGAGUUGACUGACCAGACCUACGAUCUAGUAGAGACUGUGGUUCCUAAAGAGUACUCUGGGCAAGGAUUGGGAAAAUUAUUAGCCCAGAAAACCUUUGAUCACAUUAUCAGUCAAAAUGGCAAGAUGAAGCUGACAUGUGAUUUUCUGGUACAUUUCUAUUCACAAAACAAAGAUCAAUAUAAAGAACAUAUUGUGUAAAGAUAUUUUAUAAAAAAUAACUAUUUUUCUAUCGUUUAUUUGCUGCAAUUAAUUAAAAUGGAGUUUACUGACGUGAAAGCAAAGAUUAAUUUCUUUUUGCGCGAGAAACUUUAUAACAGCAUGCUGCAAUCGUGCAACGAUGCUCUUAAAAAGUUUGUUGGGGAAGUUCAUUUGAAUUUGUAUCACGCCCUUGCUUUGUAUUUGAAUAAUCGCUUCACUGAGUGCAUUCGCGAGUUGGAAGUUCUACGCUCCGAGACUGACGUGCGUCUUGCGAGUACCAUUGGUUUGAUUUACACUCACAAACGGACACAGACCACCGACAGCGAAGUUCUGGGUGCUUUGGAUACUGCUUUGCGUGAACAUCGAAAGAAUGCCAAUGCUUCGGACUUCUACAACUCGGCGUUUGUUUUGUAUUGCCUGGAGAAGUACGAGAAAGCUUUGGAAUAUGUUGAAAAGUCUCUGAAGUUAAGUCGUGAACAGCUUGAUGUUCAAGGGCUUAAGGGUUGGAUUUUGAUUAAACUGGCAUAUCAGAACAAGGCUAAUGUGCAGGACUGUAUUCAAGUAUUUGAGAAAUGCGUUCGAGAAUCAAAAAGACAUUUGGAUUUGAGCAUGGGUUUGUGUGAAGCAUACAUGUUGGAUAAGAAUUAUUCAGAUUCUUUGAAUGUGGCGAACAAAGCGAUUGUUCGUUUUCCAUCGAUGAAUUUACCACUGAUGUACAAAGCGAAGAUCUUGUUUUCAAUGCAGGAUUUUGACCCAGCCAUAGAAAGUUGCAAUCGUUUACUUUCUGCUGAUGAGAAUAACUACAUUGCGUUAAAGCUAUUAAUUUUGAUCAUGAUUUGUCGAAAUGGUAACUACUCUGAAGCCGCAUUGGAGAUCAGCAAGUUUUCGCAGAUUCUCCAAGUGGCCGAGCCGAAAAAUGCCAAGAUAUUUAUUGAAAACGGCGCGCUCUUUUCACGUCUCUGUGCAAGGGACGAAUCUGUCUUAGAACAAACGCAUGGCAUGCUAGAAAAAGCAGUUUAUAUCAACAGUGGCGAUAUUGACGCAAUGAUUGAGUUGGGUUAUCAAUGUCUUUUGCAAAACAAAUCAAAGGACGCUUUGAAGUACUACAGAACUGCGUCGAAGACUGAUAACACAUCGUUUAAUGCACUGCUUGGGAUGACUUUGAGUGAAAUGAGCGAGAAUACUAAAACUGAUCAGAUAAAACAGCAGAUUUUUUUCUUAUUGGAGUUAGAAACUGAACCAAAUCCACUGUUAUUGUAUAUGAGAGCUAAGUUAGCUGAUGGAAUGGAAAGUUCAGUGCAAUUUUUGGAGGAAGCAUGCAGUGAGCAACUCAAACCCAUUAUGAAUAUGCCAUUCUGUGAUUACUACUUGACGAAACUGGAUGCUGAUUUCUUACUACAAGUUGUUAAGUAUUACCUAACAUUUGCUCCCAAACCCACUGGCAUUACGCAAACUACCACAAAAACAACUCAGCCCAACAAUAUAUUAACUAAUGCAUUGAACACUCUAAGAAUUGUGACAAGAGCUUUACCAGGCCAUGAAGAGGCACAUUUACUCUUUGCUCAGGUUCAGUUUUCAAGGGGUGAUUACUUUGAAGCCACGCAAACAUUAAAUCACAUCACGAGUUUGGAUACUUCGAGUAGCGAUGCUCAUUUGUUGAUGGCGCAGAUCCACCUAAACAAUUCACAAUUUGAUAGAGCUGCGCAAUCAUUGGAAGUCGGUUUGAGCCAUGAUUUUCAAGUUCGGGAGCGUCCUCAAUACCAUUUAAUUUUUGGUUUGAUUUACAAAGCAAAAAAUAACUUGGAUGAUGCCAUAAAAUCAUUCAACACAGCUUUGAGUCUCAUGAAUUCUAUUGAGUCAAAAACAAGGGCGGAAAAUUUAUUGGGAGGCUUAUCGAUGUCUGACAAAGCGACAAUCUACAUUGAGUUGAUUAACGCUCACAGGGAUUCAAAUCAAAUGCAUGAAGCUUCUAAGUUGAUGGAGGAUGCCAUUCAGGAAUUCCGGCAUACCCCCGAGGAAGCCAGAUUCAUGAUUCUAAACGCAGAAUCAGCUGCAAAUUUAGAUGAUGUCGAGAAAGCAAUUGAUAUGCUAUCAAAGGUCACGCCCAACGAGUCGUAUUACUUGACUGCGAGAACUAAACUUGCUGAGAUCUUUCUGAUUCAUCGCCAGGAUAAGAAAGCAUUUAUGAAUUGCUAUCAAGAGAUGGUUCAAUUUAACAUGAGCCCUGAGAGUUUCCUCUUGUUGGGUGAUGCAUACAUGACGAUUUUGGAACCGGACAAGGCGCUGGAAGCAUACAACAACGCGUUGCAAAUGAAUCCGAAAGACGUUCAGCUUAUGUGCAAAAUGGGGAAGGCAUUAAUUGACACGCACUACUAUAAAAAGGCGGUGAAAUACUACAAAGAUUCUAUAGAGUCGACUGGAUAUCCUGAACUUAAGUUACAAUUAUCUGAGUUGUACAUGCAAAUGAAGGAGUUUGAUAAAUCCGAAGAGCUAUUGACUACAGAAAUUGAACGGGAGAAAAUUCUGCCACAAAAUGAAGAUUUAAUAUUGUUGCAACAUCGGAGCAAGAUUUAUAAACUUUUGGCUGAAGUAAUGGAACGAAGUGGAAAGGUAAAAUCAGCGAGUGAGGUAUUGAGGGCUGGCAGAGACAACCAAAGCCGCGUUAGAAAAAUUCUCUCUGUGGAACAAGCCGUGAUUCCCACCGAAGAAAUUGACUUACUUGUUAAUUUCAACGUUAAACUGGCUGAAAUCGCUGUUAGUACUCGUGAUAAUGGGCAAGCCAUUAAUUAUUAUAAGGAUGCUUUGGCUGUAUCUCCAACCAAUCAUAAAAUUUUGGCCGCGUUGGCAAAAUUAUACAUGCAGCUGAAUCACUUGGAGCUGUGCCAGCAAACUUGCUCGAAACUGCUCGCUCUUGACAAUGACAACGAGAUGGCUUCGGUGCUAAUGGCGGAUAUUUCCUUUAGAAAGGUAGAUUUCGACAUGGCGGUAUUCCAUUUUACCCAACUGGUAAAUAAACAACCUACUAACUGGGUUGCCUUGGUCAGAUUGGUCGAAGUUCUGCGACGCACUGGAAACUUGGGCGAAACUUCACAAUAUUUAAAACAAGCUGAGCAAUUUUCUGAGAAUAACCGCGAACCAGGGUUAUUUUAUUGUACCGCCUUGUACCAAUGGUACACAGGUAAUUUAAAUUCGGCAUUAAGGAAUUUUAAUCAGGCAAGACAAGAUCCCGAUUGGGGUGCAGAUGCUAUCAUUAAUAUGAUUGAAAUUUGCCUGAAUCCCGAUGAUGAUAUGUUUGGAGAUCAGUUUAAUGUCGACGUGGAUGAUUUUGACUACAGAGACUCUCGUACAAUGGCAAUUAAAACAGCUGAAAGACUUCUUCGUGAAUUGAAGCAGAUUAGUUUUGGUGAGUCUACUUUAAAAUGCCGGUUACUACAAAACUUUAUACUGCUGGCAUCCAAAGAAAAAUAUAACAUGGAGCGUGCCUUGGAAGAUUUUGUAAAUUUAGCUUCACAGGAGAACUACAAAGAUCAGGUAGGUCCUAUCUUGGGUGUGGCGACAGCAUACACCAUGUUGAAGCAGUCACAGCGCGCCAAAACACAGUUGAAGCGAUUGAUCAAAGCCGUAUGGACUUUUGAAGAUGCUGAAUAUUUAGAGAGAUGUUGGUUACUUCUUGCCGAUUACUACAUUCAAUCAGGAAAAUAUGACCUGUCGAGCGAUCUGAUUAAGAAGGUAUUGCAGUACAACAAAGCAUCUAGCAAAGCUUACGAGUUUGCUGGUUUCAUUUCGGAAAAAGAACAGAAAUAUCGUGACGCUGCCGCUCACUACGAAGCUGCCUGGAAGUAUAAUGGCAAAAACAACCCUAGUAUUGGAUAUCGCCUGGCAUACAAUCUAAUGAAGUGCAAGCGGUACGCAGAUGCAAUUGACGUGGGCCAAUUGAUCUACAAAAUGCAUCCAGAAUACGUAAAGAUUAAGAAGGAUAUUUUGGAUAAGAGUAUUAAUAAUUUACGCACUUAAUGAUUAACUUUAUAAACGUGUUUUCACUGAUUCACUAAUUGUACUUGAUGAUGAGGUUGACGCGUGUUGACGAGUAUAAAUAUAUCGCACACGUGUUGGUUC